AUUAGUAAACCAUGCUGUCGCUAUAUAUAUAAAUGUACAAAUUAAUUAGUAAACCAUGCUGUCUCUAUAUAUAUAUAAAAGCUCGUAGUAUAACUACAUAUCUGUCUUAUUGAUUUUGAUUUGAUAAUCAGAAGUGUAGUAGUUUGGAACAUGGCAUCUUCUUCUUCUUCAUCACAUUACAACUUGGCAACACUGGUUCUCUCCCUUCUUUUAGUUGGAGGGUACGGACAGUUAGAUCCCACAUUUUACGAUGUAACAUGCCCAAAUAUCACCUCCAUUGUUCGUGGAGUCAUUGAGGAUGCUCUGCAGACAGAUGCCCGAAUUGCAGCCAGUCUCAUUAGGCUUCACUUCCAUGACUGCUUUGUCCAAGGUUGUGAUGGGUCGCUCUUGUUGGACAGCACGGAUACCAUAGAUAGCGAGAAGCUAGCUCCACCAAACAGUAACUCAGCAAGAGGUUUUGAUGUUGUAGACAGAAUCAAGAGUGAAUUGGAGGCUGCUUGUCCUAAUAUCGUUUCCUGUGCUGAUAUUCUAGCCAUUGCAUCUGAACAAUCUGUAGAAUUGUCUGAUGGUCCCUCAUGGAGCGUUCCAUUUGGAAGAAGGGAUAGCACCACAGCAAAUCGAAUCGCCGCUGGCAACCUUCCGAGUCCCUUUGAAACACUUGAUCAACUUCAAAAAAAGUUCAGUGACCUAAAUCUCACCUCCACUGAUCUGGUUGCCUUAUCUGGUGGUCACACAUUUGGACGGUCCCAAUGUCAAUUUUUCACUCAUCGGAUAUACAACUUCACCGGCACCGCUGACCAGGAUCCAUCGUUGAACUCAACAUAUGCAAACACACUGAGUCAGCUAUGCCCGCAGGGUGGAAACGGGAGUGUCCUCGCGAAUCUUGACGUUUCCACACCGGAUACUUUCGACAACAACUACUUCUCUAAUCUGCUGAUUGGUAAAGGGCUGCUCCAGAGUGACCAAGAGCUGUUUUCCACAACCGGUGCAGAUACCAUUCCCAUUGUGAGCAACUUCAGUGCUAAUCAAACUCUCUUCUUUGAGGCCUUUGUGGAAUCCAUGAUCAAAAUGGGCAACUUAAGCCCCUUGACCGGGACUGAUGGAGAGAUUAGAUUGAACUGCAGUAGGAUCAACGCAGACUCUUAUGGAUCACGUGGUGCUUUGGUAGCUGAGUAUUAGUAUAUUAAACGAGAGUAGGUGCUAUAGAUGGCCAAGUAUGCCUAUAAUCAUCUUGAUCUUUGUCAUCAUGAUGAUUUGUAGUUUGCAUGUUUGAGAGUUUUAUGUUGAUGAAACUUUAAAUAAAAUGUAGUGUUUUAUGUGAGAAUCAUGUUAAAAAAAUGCAGAAUCUAUGUAGAUUCUGCAGUUUAAUCGAUGGUAAUAUAUAUAUAUAUAUAUAUAUAUUUCAGCA